AUGUUUGGACAGAUUUGUUUUGGUGACCAAUUUUGCACAAUAGAAGAGUUUCAGAAGUGUUUAAAAUUAUUGCAAUCAGUUGGUAGUGAGGAAAGCGAUUUAGCACUACCUGUCACUGAGGAGGAACUGUAUGCUGCCUGCAUUGAUUUAAAUGAUGGUGUCAUAUGUCUUGACCAACACAUUGAAAAGUGUUUCUCGCCUGAGAUGCAACAGGUCUACAUCAAUGUGGCCACUGAUGCCAAACAAUUUGUGGCCGAUCUCUGUCAUAACAUCACCGUUCAAAAAGAGUUUUUACGGCACGCAAAGUGCUUUCGUAACGUAUCACUGGAUGAGCACAAGUGCGCCGAUAGAUAUCGUGAAGCGGUCGCCAUAUCGGUUGACUUAGAGGGCAAAGACCUGGACGUCGAGCUAUUGGACAAAGAGUCGAUUAUGAGACGAUCCUGUUGUGCCUUACAAGAGUUCGUCCUCUGCAAGAACCGACACGUGGUUCAAGACUGCGGUCAAAGGGCCAGUCUAUUCAUGGAGAAGCACUUACAUCGUAUAACUAAUCCAAUUAUGGAUCAGCACUGUUCUGCUUAUACCUAUGGACCGGACGCCUGCACUCAAAAGGACUCGCAAACCAAUAAUGCGAUUAAUAAUCACAACUUUUCUAACAAUUGUUUAUUAAUAACAUUUUUGUUAUCAUUAGUAUUGUUUUCAACAUUUUCAUUUAGAGAGGCAUUCAUAUAUAAGUAA